AUGUCACUCGCCCAACAAGUUGCUGAUAAAUUGGCUGUCGUCGACACCCUAUACCGCUUUGCCGCUGGCAUUGACCUUAACGACCGAGCCCUCCUUGCAUCCACGCUUGCUGUAAACGCGAUGUCCGACUUUAGACCUGCGGCUGCAAAAGCUGGAUUCGAGUACCCCGUCAUACAAGGCAAGGAGGCCAUCGUUGAUGCCCUGUCUACGUCGCUCAGAAAACUCGAUACCACGCAUUCGGUAAGCAAUCCGCGGGUAACCGUGGACGGCGAUAAGGCACUUUUAGAGGCACUAGUGGAGGCACAGCAUAUUCCUCGGGAUGGCACCUCCCGCCACUAUCUUAUGAAGAACCAUUACAAAGUUGAUUUGGUACGGCAGGGCAGUGGAUGGGUUAUUCAGCGCACUAUUGUUGACAAUGUCUGGUAUGAAGGAGAUCUAGAGGUACUCUCAGUAAUUUAG